GGGCGGCCUGCGGGGCGCAGAACCUCCGGGACCCAGCGCCGGACUGGACCCAGCCCGAGCCGACGCGAGCCCUGAGCCGCUCACCCGCGCCGGGCUCCCGCCUCCGCGGUCGCCGAGUGACUGCCCAACCGCGCUCGCGCCCCCGGCUCCUGCCCAGCCCGCGGGCGAUGCUGUGACGGCGCCGGACCAGCGAGCGGACGACCCGGGCAGGGCGCCCGCCCGCCCCGAUGCGGCUGCGCCUCUUCCCCUUCGCGCUCGUGCUGCUCAACUGCGUGGACCUCGGGCUCGGCCAGGGCCGCUGGCGCCGCGGGAGGCGAGCCAGCUACGUUUCGAACCCCAUUUGCAAGGGCUGCUUGUCGUGCUCCAAGGACAACGGAUGCAGCCGGUGCCAACAGAAGCUGUUCUUCUUCCUGCGGCGGGAGGGCAUGCGGCAGCAUGGAGAGUGUCUGCACGCCUGCCCCGCGGGCUACUACGGGCACCGCGCCCCUGACAUGAACAGAUGCGCACGAUGCAGAAUGGAAAACUGUGAGUCCUGCUUCAGCAAAGACUUCUGUACCAGGUGCACAGCCGGCUCCUAUCUGCACAGGGGCCGCUGCUUCAGGGAGUGUCCAGAUGGCUUCGCCCCCUCGGACGACACCCUGGAAUGUGUAGAAGGAUGUCAAGUUGGCCAGUGGAGCGAAUGGGGAGCGUGUAGCAGAAACAACCGCACAUGUGGAUUUAAGUGGGGCCUAGAAACCAGAACACGGCAAAUUGUGAAAAAGCCAGCGAAAGACACCAUCCCCUGCCCAACCAUCGCGGAGUCCCGGCGAUGCAAGAUGACCACGCGGCACUGUCCGGGAGGGAAGAGGACGCCAAAGGCAAAGGGCAAGAAGAACAAGAAGAAGAAGAGGAGGCUCCUGGAUGGCGCGCAGCAGCAGCACAGCGCCUCCCUCGGCACAGACAGAUCGCACCAGUAAAGGCCGACCGCGCGGGGGUGGGGUUUUGUGUUUGUUUCUGCACAAGUGCGCGAAGCUCCUCCCGCUCCCGCAUGCUGGCGCGCCCUGGGCUGCCCCACGGUCUCCUUCCCGCGCAGCCUGAGAGCUGCAGCCCACCACGUCCUGGGGCUUCCUGUUGAUGGAACCCGGGUCCCUGCAGGCUGGAGCUCCUGACUGCCCGGCCUGGGUUGGCUCCGCGCGGUCCUGGCUCUGGGGGCCUAUAGGGGUGUGGCUGUGACCUCCCUGGAGAUGAACUUGAGCCUGAUAAUGAAUAAGAAGGUGAGCAGUGGACGCAGGGAGGCUCACCUUGACCUUUGCUUCUCCUUGUGCAUCUGCAAGGACGGACGUGAGCGGAGACCCGCGUGUGUGUUGUGCGUGCGGCGCUCUUCCCGUUCCUGGCCUUCGACUGCAGUGUGUGAAACUGCUGCCCCGCUGGGGAUGUGCCCAGAACCCUGCCUGUCUGCGCACGUUCACCUGCACAAGCCCUCGGCCACCUAGAACACUCACUGCCCGUGUAUUUAUGCUUUCUCAUGUGUAACAAGUCAGGCCCGUGUCCUGUCACUCUCUUCCUAGUGGUUCCUAACUGUUGUCUGGCAAAUGACUGUUUCUGGUUUUGCAAAUUGACACAGGUCUUUGUUGCUUCUUUGCACUUCUUUCAGGAUGGCCUUCUUUCUCAUGGGAAGGAUAUAAUGGUUCCUCAGUGUAGAUCAGAGGACUCUGUCACGGUUCUGUUGUUUAGAUCCCUUCCCAGGCCUGUCCUGUUCCGUGUUCAGAAGCAGCAGGCAGAAUCAGACCUUGGAAGCCGAACUUCCCUUGGAGUCUGAGCUGUGAAGAUUUCAUGGAACACAAUUAAAAACAUGAGAAAUUUGGUUGAAUCACCAUGCAAUGUAUACCUGACUUUUUAAAAAAAUUAAAGCAAUGCUCACUUUCAGCUACCAGUGUUAGUGGGUGUGAGUAGAUGUUAGGAUCAGGGAACCACACGUAGGACUGAGGAGACCCGGGAUGAAUUCCUACCACUGCUGGGCAGGCCUUCACACACCUCCAUUGAGCCAGAGUCUAUCUCAUAUUUAAAAACAAAAAUGUGAUGGGACCUUGCCAGCCAAUUUGUGGAGCAGUUGCCCAGAAGCUCCACUGUCCAGAGCAAGCCGUUUGGGGGUUGUGAAUGGGCUUCUGAAAGCACGACCUUCCCAGCUGACCCAGAGGAAGCCAGAGCGACGGCAGAACCAACUGCAAGGACAUGGUUGUCGAUUUUCCAGUAAACGACCAAAGCGACAUCAAGCCUUUUCCCUCACCCUGCAUUGGCAAAACUACCUCUUCAGUAUUUUCGUUUAAUGUCUGAGUCAAGAGCAUCUUACCAGUCUGUAUAAAUGUCCCGUGCAUCAUUAUGGAAACAGUGCUGUGAGAUUAUAAGCCAUAUCUGAAUGUCUCGUGCGCGUUAGGGGCUGCACCCACCCUGAAGUGGUCACCUCCUUUCGUGUCUGCUUACACUGUGGUCCCGCUUACUCUGUGGGGAAGGGGUCUCCUUUAAGUAGCGCUUCACUGCUAGUGAGUCAGUGCCUGUUCUGUUAUGGAAAUGAUUGUU